UCGCGCUCCGGCCUCCAGUUCCCGUCUGCGCUCGCGGAGCCGCCGCUUCCUGGGAGCCCUCCUGGACUGCGCCUCCCGCGAACCUGCUGCCGCGUCCCGUCGGGAGAUGACAGUCUGUCCGCAAUCACCUUUGACUCUGACUUGGAGCCAAAGACAAAGCGGAAAGGUUUCCACAGACCUCCUGCCACAUCACCAAAGUCACCUUAUUACUCUAAACCAAGGAAAGUGGCCUCCUGGAGAUCUGUGAGGACCCCAGGAAGCAUGCCUCUGAGCAGCAGGAUGUCCUUAACCCCACAGAAGCUGUGGCUGGGAACUUCAAAGCAAGGUCACGUCCCUGGGACUGCCGUCUAUAGAGAGAAAGAAGACAUGUAUGAUGAGAUUAUUGAGUUGAAGAAGUCAUUACACACACAGAAAAGUGACGUGGAUCUAAUGAGAACAAAACUCCGGCGCAUGGAAGAGGAAAAUACCAGAAAGGACCGGCAGAUAGAACAGCUCUUGGACCCAGGACGAGGCCCAGACUUCGUUCGCACUCUGGCGGAGAAAAGGCCCGACACCGGUUGGGUCAUCAAUGGGCUGAGACAGAGGAUCUUCCGGCUGGAGCAGCAGUGCAAGGAGAAGGACAGUGCUAUCAACAAACUGCAGAUGGACAUGAAGACCACCAACCUGGAGGAGAUGAGGAUUGCCAUGGAGACCUACUACGAGGAGAUCCAUCGUCUCCAGACUCUCUUGGCAAGUUCCGAAACCACAGGAAAGAAGCCUCUGGCAGAGAAGAAAGUGGGCGUGAAGAGGCAGAAGAAGAUGAGCAGUGCCCUCCUGAACCUGUCCCGGAGCGUUCAGGAGCUGACUGAAGAGAACCAGAGCUUGAAGGAGGACCUGGACCGUGUGCUCAGCAACUCCCCAACCAUCACCAGAGUGAAGGGUUACGUGGACUGGAGCAAGCCUCGGCUACUGAGACGCAUUGCAGAGCUAGAAAAGAAACUAAAUUCGAUGGAGAGCUCAAAACCGCCUGCCUCAGAGCUGGUCAAGUCGAAUCCCAAUGGCACGGCACCCAAGCAGCUGGGAUGGGACGGGCAGGAGGAGCAGGAGCACCUUCGGGGGACGGUGAAGAGCCUGAGGGGAGAGCGGAAUGAGCUACAGGCCCAGCUGCUAGAAAAAGACAAGGAAGUGAGGCAGCUGCUACAGGCCAAGAGCGAGCUGGAGAAGGAGCUGGAGAGUGCAAGGGAAGGUCAGAAGCAUCAGCUGGAACGAGAGCAGGCCUUGAAAGAAGAAAUCCAAACACUUAUCAGCAAGUGCCAAGAGCUAGAAGAAUCCAAGAAAGAAGAGAAACGUGCAGGCCGUCGUCCCCUAGAGAUGAUACAUGAGGCUGGCAAAGCACCAUGCAUGUCCCCCCCAGGCAGCACAGCCUCACAGCGAGACUCUGAUUCUGAGGAGGAGGGCACCUGCUGGCCUCCCUCUGGCACUGAUGGGAGGAAAGAGGCGGCAGCCAGGACCCUGCAGGCCCGGUGGAAGGCCCGGGCACACACGAAAAAAAAGGCCGUCCUGGAUGAGGUGGCCGUCGUGCUCCAGGCAGCUUUCAGGGGACAUCUAACGCGAGCCAAGCUGCUAUCAAGCAAAGCACAUGGUUCAGAACCGCCCAGCCAGCCAGGCUGUGCAGACCAGAGCUCCCCAAUGCCUCGUGUCCUAAGCCCCAUCACCCAAUGCGAGGGCAGCCCAGAGCAGGAAGAGGCCAUCACUGUCGUCCAGUCUGUCCUCCGGGGACACCUGGCCAGGGCCAGGCACAGCACCACCAGCAGAACCACUGGCACCAAGUCCUGGAGAGCAGCUGCAGCCACGCCACCCGAAACCUCCUCCCCACCCUGCCUCGCAGCUUCUGCCGCAGAGCCCUGUCUCCUGGGGCUGCAGCCCACAGUGCCGCAGCCUGUGGAAGAUAUCUACUCCGACGACUCUGAUGACAUUGUCAUCGUGCCAUCUCUGCCCACGAAGAAGAACCCCUCCCCAUUCUAGGCCCCUAAUCAUUGUCUCCAAAUGAUGAUGGUCACCAGGGUGAAAGGACAAAGCAGCUCUAGAGGAUGUGGUAACCCAAACUGGGACGCUUGUGUCUCUUGUUGGGGAAGAACCAUCCCUCCUAAACACCUUGGCUUUGCUUUGUUGUCCUCCAAGGAAUCCUGGUGGCCUUUAUUUCACCCUCCCGGAGAGGCCACUCUCUUGCAUCACUCUCUUUAUCUCCUGUCCACAUGGUGGCUUUCAGAGACAACAAGCACAUCCGCCACAACCCAGGGGCACCCACAGGGCUCUACAAAGACACGUGGUCUUCCAGCAAUGUACUGCUUGACCUUGACCUGUGAGGAGCUGCCUUUUCAGGAGCCAGCGUGACACCACCUGUCCUUACCCUGUGACACCAUGGCCGUCCAGCGCUGACCUCACCCACCAGCCUAGCAGAAGCACUGGGUGCCCACAGCUGCCUUUCCCAGGGAGGGGUCUGGUGGGGUUGGUCCCUGGAGGAACAGACGCUGCAGAGCCUGGGCAGUGACCGCAGAGCAGCAGCACAUGGUUCCCUGGACCAGGGCAGGGGCCGUAGCCUCUGGGGUCAACCCAGAUAGGGAUGGGAGCCGGGCGAGGAGGCAGGCCGAAGUCUCAGGGUGGGGCUGGGUUCCACUGUGGGGCUAGGGACAGCCCUGCCACCCUCGAUAUGCAGAAGCCUCUGUGGGGCGCGCUGCCCUUUCAGCAACGGCAUCUCCAGGUGAUGGCUGUGGAGCUCUUCUGAGGACCCCACAGCUUUGGCCUCUCCCGGCUUCUGUCAGAAGAUGAGCCUCAUAUGGGCCAAGAUGAAAGGCUCUGGCUUGGGCAGGGUUUCAGGGUGUCCAGGUGCAGGAGCAACCUAAGUGCCCUCUGUAGAAUGCCUGUGGAUGGCCAGCCUCAGCUCCAGCACUUGGGGCGCAGGAACUUCUCCCCAACAUCAGCCGCUGUCUAAGGAGAGAGCUUAUGUUAGCUUCUUCUGCAGUGAGCCGGAGGGGUCUGUCCCUUAGGACAGUUUAACCCCUCCUGAGCACCUCCCCCAACAGCAUCCCUAAGCCUUUCCACCAGGCAGCCUUCCCUGUGCAGCUUGGGGUGGUCCGAGUUGGCCACAGGUUGCUGCCCUGCCCCUCUCUCCACCUAGCCCUGUGCAAAACAACUGCAGGCCCCUGGCUGGUUGGUUUUCUGUAUUGGAUCUGUGGGCACUGCAUCAGUUUUGUCCUCCGCACUGAACUGACUGUUUCUUGGCUGACGGGGGCCUCUGUAGACCCGCCUUCCUUUCACCCCUCACACCUGUUCCCUGGUGAUGCACGCUGUCCUUCCGAGCUUCAGGACCACACACUAAAAUGUAAGAGGGUGACACAGGUGACCCCUGUGUCUGCACAGUGGCGGGGGGUGGACCUUGGCUCUGUCUCAGCUGCUAGCAGAAGACAUUUCUACGUUACAGAACUGCAGCCCAAGUUCUAGGUUAUGGGGUUGAGGGAAGGUGGGUUGGGGGACAUUCCUGCCUCAGGCCAGGCAAGCAAGUCAGCUUCAGGAGAAGCUACAGGGAACAAAGCAGGACACCGGCUUGGGCAGUGUCUGCACAGCGAGGCCGCCCUGUGCACAUGACCUGCAGGGGCCUGACCAAUAGGCCGAGCUAAGGACAAGAUCCACAUUGGGCCCUGCACUUGAGUUUCCCGAGAAUCGUAAAUAUGUGCAUUUUUCUGCCUGCCUCUUUUGGUGGGACAUUGCUAAUCUAUUAAAAGCAAACAUUCUGUCUUUAAGCUA